AUGUCGUUCGAAAUAGGAACUCGUGUUAAAACAAGCUCGGGUAAUGGAAAGAUUGUUUUUAUUGGUAAAACAAGUUUCCAAGACGGAGAGUGGGUUGGUGUUAUUCUCGACACCCCGACUGGAAAGAACAAUGGGACUGUUCAAGGAGUGGAGUACUUUCAAUGCGAACCGAAUUACGGGGUUUUCGUAAAAGCAGGAGCCGUAGAACCAGAGGACGGUGCAAAGCGCUCCGGACUGAAAGCCCCAACAGCUUCUGCUAUUCGAAAAGAUUCUAGUGUGAUGAGUAGAUCUGCAGGAUCAAAAGCUUCACCGGGGUCGAGUCCUGGAAUCUCACCAGCUGCUUCUUCAGAGAAAUUGACUGGUCGUCAGACUGGAAUGGGGCCACGGUCUGUAUCGAAACUAGCAGAUCCAAACGAGAAUAAGCGGUCGACAACACCGCAGAAAUCAAGAUCUCCAGCUCCAACUAUUACAAAAAAGAAUUCAGAUUCAACGCCUAAAAUGGUCCGUGAGUUCUCCAACUUAUCUCAAUCUUCUGUUGCUUCGAGUCGUAAUAGUGCGUCGGCUUCUAAACCUAGGCCUCAAUUCGCAGCACCGGAUGCAGUAUCUCGUCGGCAAAGUUUAGCACCGCCAAAAAAAACUUCUACCGCCACAGGUCCUCCCCCGAAAACCAGCUCUCUCGCUAAACCGAGGCAAUCGCUUGCACCGAAUAAACCAACAGGAGAGACACCGCAAAAACCUCCCCCAGCUGAAGUCGAAGUGCCUGAUGAGCUACCACCUCCAACAAUGACUGAAUCUGGAACAGAGCUUCCCACAGAGAGUGUUCUUUCACGAGCCAAAAAAAUAGAUGAUACUGGCCCAGCUGCUCCCAUGUCUCCUAUCUCUACAACAUCUGCUGCCGCUCAUCCUCGUACAACUUCAAUUUCUUCUUCAACUGUCGACCAUUCAACUGAACUCGAGUAUCUUAGAAUUCAAGUUAAAGAACUGACUGACAAGUUGGAGACGACUCGAGGAAAGCGAAAAGAAGAUCAUGCUAAGCUUCUUGAGUUUGAAAGGGUAUCUAUUGAGCAUAGAACUCUACAAGAUGUAAAAAGUCGUUUGAAUGAUAAAGUUGUUGAGUUGGAAAGACAACUUCUCGAAGAGAGAAGAGUUACGGAAGAACUUAGAAUUUGGAAAGAAACCAACAAAGACACAAUCAGUGAACAUACGGAUAUCAUGGAAAUGGCUACCAUCGAGAAAGAACUAGCAGAGGAAAAAGCGGAUGAAUUGCAGAAUCAAGUUGAUGUUCUGACAGCGGAACUGGAAGAAGUGAAAGAAAAGUUCAAUAUUCUUCAAGAAGAAAUGGCAGGUGGUGGAGGUUCUGUUCAAGUUGGAAACAGUGUUCAAAUGAAACAAGUCGAACUUCAAAAUGACAAGUUGAAAGAUGCCCUCAUUAAGCUACGUGAUUUGAAUGCUCAAGCUACAAUUGAUCGGCAAAAGGCUGUCGAAGAAGCGGAAAGAUUGAAAAACGAAAAUUCGGAACUUGUUCGAGUUGCUGAAGCUCUCAAAAGACAGGCAGAAAUCGCGGAAUCAAAGAUUGCUGGAUUUCAAGAGCAGAUUGAUGCCACUAUGGGGGCAGAAGCAAUGGUAACUCAGCUGACAGAUAAGAAUUUCAAUAUGGAAGAACGUAUCACGCAACUUGAAGAAACAAUAGAAGACAUGGAAGAAGCUAGAGAUUUGGAUGAACAACUUGCGGAAGUGCAAAAGCAACAAGAAAAAGACUUUAUGAGAGAAAUCGAGCAGUUGAAAAUUCAUAUUCACGAACUGAAUGGACGCAUACGCGAUGAACAAAAACAUGCCCUCGAUUUGUCCCAAACGAUUCUCAAAUUUAGAGAACGGAUGGCUAAUUUGAAUUCCCAGAUUCAAGAUCAAAAAGAUCAAAUCUUGAAUCUAGAAGAACAAGUACAUGGUCAAAUGACUGAAGACACUGAUCGAGCAACAAUGGUCAAUCAAUUACAAAUCACUGCCAAUCGAAAUUUCUCAGAAGUUGUUGAACGACAGAUCAAUGCUAUUGAAGUAGAAUUCGCACGUCGACAAGCUGGCUAUUUGAAGGCGUUCCUCCCGGACAACUUCGCUCGUGUCGGUGGAGAAAAUGACUCAAUUCUUUUGGUUGUUAUGUUGCCACGCCUAUCUGCUAAAACGAGAUUGUUCGCGAAUUUGGCCGCUCAAUGUUAUCCACAAGUUCCUGGAGGAAUGCGCCGUGAGCAUGUGACAAAAUCACACAAAGGAGAGCAGUGGGCUCAUGUAUCUCGUGUCAAUUACCUCGCGAAUUCUAUAAUUGCUGCUGUUGGAAAACUGGAGAGCGCUGUAGGAGAGACGACUGUAGAAUCUCUCAUUAAGCUUACUGAAAGCUACGGAGAAAUGUCCACUCACGAAAAGAUUGUUGAUCAAUAUUUGGAACUUCUGAAAACAUCUCGAUUCGAUGAAAACACUUCACUUGAUAAUUUCGUUCGUCCUCUCGUUUACUUCCAAAACAUCUUCUCUCUUCAUAUUGGUGGUGAUGGAUUCAAUGCCGCUCAAUGGAUUUCUGCCAUCAGCGCAUCUCUUACUGCAGGACUGGCGUACUGCCGCGUAAAUACUCAGCGGAUAACCUAUUUCUUACAGGAAUCUAUUACCGCCGGCGAAGUUUAUAACCUUCUGCAAUCAUUGAAUGACGAGUUCGCUGCUUGUGAAUCGGUUAUUCUGAAAGCUUCUCGCCUUCUACCAAACUCUGGCGCCGAACAACAGAAGAUAAUCAAAUUAGAAAGCGAAUUUACUGAUGAGCUUAUGAAUGCUGUGACCCAGCUGGACAAAUUAGCAUCAGCCCUUCAAGAAGUGUGCACUAAUGGAGCUUUGAACUUUGGCGGAAUUUCGGAAACCGAAGGAUUCGACGACAAACGGGUCAAAGAAAUGAUUCAUUCAGUUGUUGCCAAGAGCAGUGGAUAUAUCGCAAUGGAGAAUGCAUUUGAUCCAAUUCGUGCUAUGGUUAAAUCUCUUCGUGACAGUCUAGAAAGAGUUAAUUCCACUUUGGAAUCUGCAAAAAUGGAGCAUGUUGCUCCAGAGAAGAAAGCGUUUCCACCUCUUCUUGAUCGUGCCCACCAUCGCAAACAGGCUGCUCAAGAAGCAGAAGGACUUCGUUGGCAGAUGGAGAAGAAAGACAACGAGAUGCUUGAGCUGCGUAAGCAGGUGAAAGCCAGAAUUGAAGACGUGUCCAACUACAAACUUCGUUUGGAAAUGGCUGAAUCUCGUUUGAAUUCUACUGAUAAAGCUGAAGGGGACAAGGUGAAGCAUAUGGAAGAAAAAAUAAAUCAAAUGGUGGCCGAUCAUAGAAGAAAGCAAAUAGAAUUUGACGAAUCGACGGACGCUCUUCAACGGGAAAUGAAGGAAAUAGAGCUCGAGAAUGUGGAAUUGAAGCAGCGUGCUAACAAAAUCAGUAAAGAAGCACUUUGGAAAAAUAUACAUGCCAUGGAAACCCGUUCUGCUGGAGCUCCGCCCGCUGUAACAUCUCAUGUGGGUGAAGAAGGAGGUGCUAGCCGUGUUGAAGUUGUAUUCCUGGAAAAUCAACUGAACAAGCAGACUGAUGCCAGAAAGAGAGCCGAGCUGGAAAUUCGAAAACUCAAAGGAGAACUCGCUCAAUCUGGAUCCAAACGAUUCUCAGCAGUUCCAGGACUCAUUUCGGGACCUGUCACUUUGGAAUCCCAAACUAGACAAGAUUUGUUACUUAAGCUGAUUGACAAUCUUCAUGAUGAAUCACUACGUUUGCGACGUGAAGAAGUCAAUCAUCAGACGUACAUUCCUUCGAAUCCAAAGAUUUCAUCGGAAAAAAUGAUGAAAGAGAUAGAAGAAUUUAAUGUCAAGAGAGACCAAUUCUAUGAUAAACUCAAUUCGGUGAAUCGUCGUCUUCGUAGCGUGUGGUUUGAUGCUUGGGGAGAAGAUUAUCCAUUUGAUAUCGCGACAGCUGCUCGUCCAAUUCAAACAUUCUCUGAACCUAAAAAGAUGGAAGAAGUCAGCGCUAAGUGGGGGAUCGUUUGGUAG